AUGCUUUCUUUUCCUUCUAUAUCCUGCUGGCUGAAAGACAAGGCUUUCCCCAAGGUUCUCAGCAUUGAGGAUGAUGUGCUUCUCAAACUAGGCCUUCCUGAGCUCAUAGGCAUGGAUGUCCAACCACCAGUACAAAUGAACACACUGGCAGCCCUGUCCCACCCUUCCAAUCCAACCCAUACAACAGACCACCCCCUGCCUCAGCUCUUGGACCUUUCUCCCAAGCAAUCCCCAGCAAUGGAAUCCCAGGGCCUUCAACAUCCUUUGUGGUGGGCCUCCCUACCUUCAAGCCUGAACAUACCACCCACUGAGGUCUUGAUUGUGCUAUCUCAGGAUUCAUCAACCCUGGUGGAUGACAGGCUGCAGGCCACUUCCACAAUGAUUGUGACCAAAGGAAAGGACAUUGAUGUCCUAGAGAAGCACCAGGGUCACCAAGUGGCUCCCUCACAUCAGUCACUCAGUCAGGUCUUAUGUGAGACUGCUUGGAGGCAAUGGAAAUCAACAAUAUGUGAAAUCCUUUUGCAAGUGUCAGCGAUCAUACCAGGAGAAUUGGCCAGAAAGGCCAGUCCUUAUGCCAAGAUGUUUUUCAUGAAUGAUGAUACAAGACUCUUCACAGACAAGGUCAUUAUUCAGUGGAAAAACAACAUAUGUAUAAACCAACACCUCAAAGACUUCCAUGUUAACUUCUGGUAUACUGCUGAGCUGAAUCCCAUGAAGGUCAGAGCCACCAAGGAUAUACACACAAUGGCAUUGUGGAUGUGUGCCCUAACCACUGUAGUGUUGUUCUAUGCUAUCAAAUGUGAAUCUGAGCAUGUCAGAGAAAUGUUGCCACAUGUUGCAUUCAUGGGCACUGAGUAUUCACCCAUAUAUGAAGUGUACUACUGCUCUCUUCUCAAAGCAACUCAGAACCCACUAUCAGCAUGGCAGUUAAUCACCAUCUGCUGUGGCUUCAUCAAUGCAGAUUUUGAGUACUCUAUGUAUAUUUCUAUGAGCUAA